AGGCCACAGAGGUCCCAGGGCAAGCAGAGGCAGCAAUGAUUGGUCCUGACGGUGGCUGAGCCCCGAGCCCCUGGAAUAUGCAGCCCGGGGAAGCCCCAGGCAAGGACGCGGUGGCGGAGUGGGGCGGGAGGCAUGGUUUCCACCUACCGGGUGGCUGUGCUGGGGGCGCGAGGUGUGGGCAAGAGUGCCAUCGUGCGCCAGUUCUUGUACAACGAGUUCAGCGACGUCUGCGUGCCCACCACCACCCGCCGCCUCUACCUGCCUGCUGUGGUCAUGAACGGCCAUGUGCACGACCUCCAGAUCCUGGACUUCCCACCCAUCAGCGCCUUCCCUGUCAACACGCUGCAGGAGUGGGCGGAUGCCUGCUGCAGGGGACUCCGGAGUGUCCACGCCUACAUCCUGGUCUACGACAUCUGCUGCUUUGACAGCUUUGAGUACGUCAAGACCAUCCGCCAGCAGAUCCUGGAGACAAGGGUGAUUGGCACCUCGGAGACGCCCAUCAUCAUCGUGGGCAACAAGCGGGACCUGCAGCGCGGACGCGUGAUCCCGCGCUGGAACGUGUCGCACUUGGUGCGCAAGACCUGGAAGUGCGGCUACGUGGAGUGCUCAGCCAAGUACAACUGGCACAUCCUGCUGCUCUUCAGCGAGCUGCUCAAGAGCGUCGGCUGCGCCCGCUGCAAGCACGUGCACGCCGCCCUGCAUCCUGGCAGCUUCGCGAUGCCAGGCCAUCUGACCGUCAGCGCCACUGGCACAGGGCAGAGAGAUGCAGGUGGCCCACGGACCACAAUCAAGAGGUCUGAGGGUUGA